AUGUCGCCUGCCAAAAUCACCAUACACUCCCCUACUACUCUAGAGGCCUUCCCUCACAUCCAUGAUGACCCGGCUACCCUCCCUCAUUCGUUGGACCCCUUCACCAUCACCACUACUACUGGCUUCCUCCCCUACUUGACCUCCCCUACUAUCCUGCCAGAGGUGUUCAAGCCUUUAAUGUGCCUGCUUGACCGUUAUGCGGUCGUUAAGGAGGAUGGGAUUCCAGGUCUCCUUGCUACAUAUGAGUUGGGUCCAGCUGUUCUCAAGGAGCUGCCUGACCUAACUGAUGAGGUUGACAAGCUCGUCACUGCCAACGGUGACCUCGACCUCUUCACCAUUAUGGCAGUGUUCCGUGACUAUUCCUUCCUGGCCUCUGCUUAUCUCCUUGAACCAUGUUGGGAAAGCUGGUGCAAGAACCCCGAGAAGGGGUAUGGUCUGGGUCGUGAUGUGCUGCCCAAGUCUGUGGCCCGUCCAUUGUAUCGCUGCGCACAGAUUCUGGACAUUCCACCUUUCAUGUCCUACGCAGCCUCCUACGCCCUAUUUAACUAUACCCUUGCAGAGCCAUCCAAGGGUCUCGUAUACUCCAACCUUCGCUUGGUCCGAGCUUUCGAACGUGGCUUGGACCCUCGUAGCUCGGAGGCAGGAUUUAUCUUGACUCACAUUGACAUGGUCAAGGAGACUCCUGCUUUGGUCACCGGAGCCCUUCAUGUCAUCGAGACCCUAGAGCAAGGUGGACCCCGAUCGACUGUCAACGACGGGUUCCGGGAGAUCCUCGCAUCUAUGGAGAAGAUCGAAACUUGCAUGGAGGACAUGUGGGCCAACUCUAAACCAGCCGAAUAUCUCUCUUUCCGUGUAUUUAUCUUCGGCAUCACCUCUCAAUCUAUGUUCCCUAACGGUGUAAUCUACGACGGUGUUGAGGACAAUAAACCCCUUUAUUUCCGCGGCGAGAGUGGUGCCAACGAUAGUAUCAUCCCCCUCCUGGACCACCUUCUCGAGAUUCCCAUGCCUCAUACACCACUUACCAAGAUCCUACACGAGUUCCGCGCCUACAGGCCACUCCCCCACCGCACAUUCCUCGCUCACGUCCGGACAAAGGCUGAGGAACUCGGAAUCCGCAAUUACUCUCUCAAAGACACUGAAACCACCAUCCUGUUCCUGCGUACGCUGAACCACGUUCGCAGUUUCCGCUGGAGGCAUUGGCUAUUUGCCAGGGAGUAUAUUAUCCGUCGUACCCCGCAUCCUACUGCUACAGGUGGAAGUCCAAUUGUUACUUGGCUUCCUAACCAGUUGUCUGCUGUCAUGGACAUGAUGAUUUCGAUCUACGAUAGUGUGCUUGGGCCACAGAAGACCGAGGAGGGCAGCGAUUACGAUGGCGCGUGCCAGAAGCUAGUUGAGCCCAUGAUGGAGAUGGUGCGUGAUCAGCAGGAGAAAUUAGCGAAGGAGGUCGAGAAGUGGUGUCAGGAGAGGGGGGUCUAA